AUGGCUUCAGUACAACAACUCUUCUCGCUCGAGGGCCAAACCGCUCUGGUCACUGGCGGUACCCGUGGUAUCGGCCAGGCAAUGGCCAUUGCACUUGCUGAGGCUGGCGCAGACAUUCUGCUGGUACAGCGCGACGAAUCGAACCAAUCCACCCGAGAAGAAAUUCAAAAGCUAGGACGCAAGGCCGAAAUCUACACCGCCGACCUGGCAUCACGAGAAUCCGUCUCCGCUUUGGUCAAGAAAGUCGUCGCCGACGGCUACCAAAUCCACAUUCUGCUCAACUGCGGCGGCAUCCAACGAAGACACCCUGCGCACCAAUUCCCCGACAACGACUGGGACGAGGUCCUGAAUGUCAACCUGAACUCGGUCUUUACGCUAUGCAGAGAUGUUGGCGCACACAUGCUCUCGCGCGACGCUGAUCAAUACGGUCGCAGAGGUGCCAUUAUCAACAUUGCCUCGUUGUUGUCUUUCCAGGGAGGCUUCACAGUACCUGCCUACGCUGCUUCAAAGGGCGGUGUCGCUCAGUUGACAAAAGCUCUGUCAAACGAGUGGGCCUCAAAGGGUAUCAAUGUCAACGGUAUCGCUCCCGGCUAUAUCGCAACUGAGAUGAAUGAUGCUUUGAUGAAGGACAAGACGAGGAGUGAGCAAAUCAUGGCGAGAAUCCCUGCUGGAAGGUGGGGCAAGCCUGAGGAUUUCAAGGGUCCUGUUGUCUUCCUUGCCAGCAGAGCCAGCGGUUAUGUCAGUGGUGAGAUCUUGACUGUCGACGGCAGUUGGAUGGCCAGGUAG